AAUAAAAGCCACCAGUUCUUCCCUGCUCAGGUGCUGCACUACAUUUGGACACAAUCCAUCAGUGCGCAUUCUCUCUGGUUCUGCGAGCACCAUGACCUCCAGCUUCUCUAUGCACAGCCACUCUCUGGGACGGCAGCCGUCUUUCUCCAGCAUGUCUAUGCGUGACAGUGGGGUUCGGGGACGCUCUAAAAUCCCAGUGUCCCUCUCCUCAGCCAGUACUCUGUCCCUGUCUCGUUCCACCUCUCUGGGAAAUGGCUUAAACAUCCUAAGCAACCUCUCACUGAAUGGUCUAGGAGUUGGUGCCAGUGAGAAGGAGACCAUGCAAGGUCUAAAUGACCGACUUGCCACCUAUCUGGAAAAGGUACGUUCUCUGGAGAAGUCCAACGGUGACCUGGAGCUGAAGAUUAAACAGCUGAUGUUGGAGCGAGCUCCCAGGGGUCACGACAUCGAGGGACUGAUGGCUCAGGCACAUGCGAUUGGACAAGAGGUGAGGAAAAAGACGUUGGAGAAUGCUCGUAUAAUGCUGGAGAUUGACAAUGCCAAGCUUGCAGCAGAUGACUUUAGGGUCAAAUGGGAGGCAGAAGCUACUCUUUGUCAGUCGGUUGAGAGAGACUGUCAUGCACUGAGACGAGCAAAAUCUGAUCACGAUCAGAUCAUCGCAACUCUUCGAGGAGACCUGGACAGUCUGAAAGAGGAGCUCUAUUUCCUCAAGAAGAAUCAUGAUGAGGAGAAGAACACAAUGAAGUCCCGUCUAGCCAACGAGCAAGUGAACGUGGAGGUGGAUGCAGCCCAGGGCCCAGACCUGGGAGCCAUCAUGGCAGAGCUAAGGGUGCAGUACGAGAGCAUUGCACGCAAGAAUAAAGAGGACACUGAGAUGUGGUACCUGAAGAAGCUGGAGACUUUGCAGUCGGAGGUGAAGGAGAGUAACGAGGCUUUGCGAUGUGCUCAGAGCGAACUCAGUGAAAGACGACGCUUUCUGCAGGCGUUAGAGGUGGAACUGGACAAUCUGCGCAAACAGGUUAGUGUUCUGGAGGGGAACCUCGGAGAGACAAAUCAGAAGUACACGCUUGAGAUCGAGCGUCUUCAGGGCUCCCUGACACAGCUGGAGGACGAACUCUCACAGCUGCGCCUGGAUAUGCAGAGAAUCAAAACUGAUUACGAGCAGUUACUGCGUAUCAAACAGAAUCUGGAGCUGGAGAUCGCCACCUACCGGAGGCUGCUGGAUGGAGAGGAAGUGAUAAAAGAGACACCCACUCUUAAAAAAGAGCCUGAAGUGAGAACCAGGAAGAUUGUGAAGGUGGUCACCCAGACAAUGGUAAAUGGAAAGGUGGUGGAUGAAUCCAGUGAAGUUGAACAGAUUGAAGAACGAAAAAAGUGAGUCUGGCUCACAA